AUGGACUGGACCAGUUCGCGCAACGCCACCGCUCAGUCAGCGUGGGAUCCUCGUACCUUCACCGCCGACGCCAACGCUUCGCAGGCUUUCACGAGCGCCUUCGAGGACUACGGCAUGAUCGGCGACGUCGGGCCGAGCGUCGGCUCCGACUUCUACGACGGCGGGUCGUCGGCGGCGGGCGGGGGCAACGCCAGUGCGGGCGACGUGGGCGCGUCCCGAGACGAGGCGCUGGUCGUGUGGGAGAUCAUCACACUGGUCCUGAUCUUCAGCCUGACCGUGUUCGGCAACGUGGUGGUACUGUUCAUGCUGCUUGUGCGGCGCAAGAAGCUCACCCGGAUGUGCUACUUCAUCCUGAGCCUGUGCAUGUCCGACCUCAUCACGGCCUUCCUGAACGUGCUGCCGCAGCUCAUCUGGGAAGUCACCUACAGGUUCCACGGCGGGGGGUUCCUGUGUAAGGCGGUCAAGUUCGGCCAGCUGCUCGGGCCGUACCUGAACUCGUACCUGCUGGUGAUGACGGCGCUCGACCGCUACCAGGUCAUCUGCUACCCGCUGUCUAACUGCUCGUGGACGCCCCGCAGCUCCAAGAACAUGAUCUUCGUGGCGUGGGUGCUGGCGCUCGGCUCCUGCACGCCGCAGGUCUUCAUCUUCAGCUACCAGGAGGUGGCCUCCGGGACGUGGGACUGCUGGGCUUCCUUCAUACCACCGUGGGGCACGAAGGCCUACGUCACGUGGUAUGCUCUCUCCGUCUUCAUAGUGCCUCUCUUCAUCCUCAUCUUCGUGUAUUCUUGCAUCUGCCGGACGCUGUGGGUGAACUCCAAGCUCAAGCAGAUGGACGACCACACCCGGCGGAGGCGCAACACGCGGCGGCCGCGCCUGCUCGUCCACCUGCGGCCGCAGAAGCAUCGCAGCGACGGCGAGGUGUCCACCUGCCUCCACGAGCCGUCGCUGCAGAGGGAGGAGCUCUCCGCGCCGAGCAGCGCCUCGGCUCACACCAGCCCCGGCGGCGGCUACAAGGCGCCCUCGCUGGCCAACGGCGCGGGCGGCGGCGUGACGGCGCAGAACAUCCGCCUACAUCCGUGGAACCCGCGCUCGCACUCCGUCAAGAGCAUCAGCCGCGCCAAGAUCAAGACCGUCAAGCUGACAGUCACUGUCAUCCUCUGCUACGUCAGCUGCUCGGCGCCCUUCAUCUCCGUCCAGCUGUGGCACGUGUGGGACCCCAACGCGCCCUCGUCGCCCUUCUACAAUGGCGCGGCGUUCACCAUCCUCACCCUUCUGGCGUCGCUCAACAGCGUGGUGAACCCGUGGAUCUUCCUGGGCUUCAACGAGAACCUGACGCAGCUCCUUCGGUCUCUGUGCACGUGUCGCCUACCCUCCCGGUGGGGGCGCUGGCGAUCCCCAACCUUCAGGAGCUCAGACAGCACCAAGAACUUCCGCCUCACUGUCUUCACGACCACCGAGGGGGACAACCUGACGCUGAGACGACCCUCGAACCUUCCUCAUGCCAAGUCUCGGUCAUCUUUACCAUGUUCUCGAAGCCUCGCUGUCACCUUCUUUACCUCUCAAUUGCAAGUUCAUUCGUUGCCAGGUGAUCAUUCUACGCUGCAACCUGGUCCACACUUCUUCUCCCAAUUAGAUGGUAGUAACGACGCCGUAUCUUGUGUCCCUUGUAAUGAACAUGGCUUUGGCGAGACAGGAGCCGCUGUCUCUCAGUGCUCCAGCGAUACCUCUCAGAUUACUGUAAACAUAGACAAAUUUGUACAUACAGUACAUGUGUAG